AUGCAGGCGAGCGUUCCCGGACUUAUGGCUGAGGCACGACUACCUUCCAAACUGAUCUCGUUGCUAGCCGCAGCGAGGGUCACUGAUCAUCGAACCAUCAUCGCGCAGUGGGAUACAUCGAACCUUUCUCAGGAUCGGAAGCACGAGCCUUUUGCCAGCUGCGCAUACUGGCUGAUAACCCAUGCCGCGGAUGAGGAAUCAAAAGCGUUCUUGGAGACGUAUGUUUUUCCACCUUUGAAACCAACUUCUUCUAUCUCCGCCCUGCUGUAUGAUACCUUUGCCAUUGCCAGUUUACAUAGAGAUAUAGGUAUCCUCUUACGAUCAACUACGCUGAAAGAAAAACCGACAAGCCGUCUAUUUCCUUCACUCUUAAAACUAUCUACGUCUGCAGCUCUUUCAGAACAGCGCGACCCUAAGCAUCGCCGCCUUCGUGACAGUCCAUUCUGUUUGUGUCUCGCUGAUGCGAAGCUUAAAUAUUACCGAGACUCUCUGCAUGUGCUUCACUUGCAGUCAUCAGUGCUCUCCACUUUCGAGGCAAGAAAAGGCAUGAAUCUGGGCGGGCCUAGUCGCAAACCCCCUGUUGAAAUUCGAGAGAACAUUGACAGGAUGUCAAUUCCUGUCUUGUUCCACGUUAAGAUCCUAAUAGCAUGGAGAAUUAUUACGAAUGUCACAGUCGAACUACCUAAAUUGUACUGCACAUAUUUGCAAAAGAGCGAAUAUUAA